AUGAUCGCUCGCCCCAGCUUCAAAACCGCCCUUCCAACCACCACGUCGCUUCUAGUAUCGUCACCAUCGUCAUUGAUAAAGUCGAGAUCAAUCUCCACUGUCAACACAGCCCAGAAUGAAGAACAGGAGAUUUUGGUCGAGCAGCGUAAGAACAGACCCGUCUCGCCACACUUGCAAAUCUACCAGCCUCAAUUGACCUGGGUCUUGUCCAGCUUUCACCGUAUCACCGGGGUUGCGUUGGCAGCAGCGUUUUACGGGGUAACCUGCACGUUUGCCGCUACUUCGGUCUUGGGGGUGCAUUUCGACACGCAGAGCUUGGUUCUGGCCUUUGCCAGCUUGCCUGUCGCCGUGCAAUACGGCGCAAAGGCCGUUGCCGCUUACCCCUUUGUUUUCCACUGCUUGAAUGGCGUUAGACAUCUCGUGUGGGAUUUCGGUAAGGAGUUGACUAUUCCUGGUGUUUAUAGAACUGGGUACACUGUCUUGGGGUUGACUGCGUUGCUUGGUACUUACGUGGCCUUCUUUUACCAAUAG